AUGCACACACAGAACCUGUCACCCGCGCUGGACCUGUCAGCGUACGAGGGGUUGGAGGUGCGCGUGCGCGGCGACGGGCAGCGCUACAAGCUCAUCCUGCGCACCACUGCAGCGUGGGACGCCCUGGGCUACACUGCCAGCUUCGACACCCUCGCUGGCACCUGGCACACCGUCCGCCUGCCCUUCUACUCCUUCGCUCCUGUCUUCCGAGCGCGCACUGUGCCUGGAGCCCCCCCCCUCGACACCUCCAAUAUUGCUUCACUGCAGCUCAUGCUCAGCAAGUUUGAGUACGACGGCCGCCUCAACCCUUCCUUCACGCCUGGUCCCUUCACCCUGCCACUCACGUCCAUCGCUGCCUAUCCAUCAGACCCCUCGCCACUUCCCAGGAUAGUGCACGUGGGGUCAGCGGGGGUGACGCGCCCCAAGCGCCCGGGGCUGGACCUGUCGCGGCAGCCGCCAGCAGUGCGCAUGAACGAUGAGCUGGGGGGCAUCCUCACGUGGAAGCUGCGUGGGGAGGACCUCGUGCGCGGCAGCGGGCUGCCCUUCACCGUGGUGCGCCCGUGUGCCCUCACGGAGGAGCCGGUGGGCGCGCCUCUGCUCUUUGACCAGGGCGACAACAUCACGGGCAAGAUUGGAAGGGCGGAAGUGGCUCGGAUCUGUGUGGAGGCUCUGUCAUCACCUGCGGCUGCCAACAAAACAUUUGAGGUGAAGAGCACUGUGCCGUUCAGUGAGCCAUUCACCGUGGACCCCAGCAACCCACCCACUCCAUGCGACACUCAGCCUUUCUUCGCAGCACUGCAGCCGGGUAUCACUGGGAAAGAGCUGCUGGAGGAGAACGUCUCUGCGUGA